AUAACAGCAGCCUGCCCGGGCAAGUCCCCGCGUACACGGUUUACUGCAGCUAUCGUCGUGAAAAAGUAACUGUUUUGUUUCCUGAAAUAAACUUAGGCUAAACAGCUAAACACUGAAUGCGUGUUAACUUAGUUUAGCUGAACAUAUUUUGAACCCUGAAGCGGGAAAGUUCAAUUUUUUCGCCCUGAAAAUGUGUGGAAGAACCGCGUGCACACUCGCUUCUGACGAGGUGAGCCGAGCCUGCUCCUACAGAGACCGAGGAGGGCAGCGGAGACGGCCCCGCUGGAGGGACGGAGACGCGGACAAAUACCGACCCUCGUACAACAAGAGCCCGCAGUCCACGAGUCCCGUGCUGCUGUCACAGAGGCAUUUUGAUAAGGAUGCUCCUGUGGAUGAGUGUGUGUUGGCCUCCAUGCGCUGGGGUCUGGUCCCUGCCUGGUUCAAGGAGAACGACCCGAAAAAGAUGCAAUACAGCACCAACAACUGCCGCAGUGAAAAUAUACUGGAGAAGAAAACGUACAAGGACCCCCUGAUAAAAGGGCAGCGCUGCGUCAUCCUGGCUGACGGCUUUUAUGAGUGGAAGAGGCAGGCAAAAGACAAGCAGCCUUUCUUCAUAUACUUUCCUCAGACCCAGGAGAAAACAGAGGAGGAUGAUGACCCCGCGAUCUCAGCCGGCAAUAAGGAGGAUUCAGAGACCGUGUGCCCUCCAGAGGAGGCCUCCCCUGACUUGACAGAGUGUGUUGGUCAGGGAGGAGAAGCACUCGGUGAGUGGACUGGAUGGAAGUUGCUGACUAUGGCUGGACUGUUUGACUGCUGGACACCUCCAGGUGGCGGAGAACCCCUUUACACAUACAGUGUAAUCACCGUGAGCGCCUCCCUGAACCUGGAAAGCAUCCAUGAUAGGAUGCCAGCAGUCCUGGAUGGAGAGGAAGAAGUGAGAAGAUGGCUGGAUUUUGGGGAGGUGAAGUCUCUGGACGCCAUGAAACUGCUCCAGUCGAAAAACAGUUUGACUUUUCACCCCGUCUCUUCACUGGUAAACAACUCUCGCAACAACUCUCCGGAGUGCCUUCAGCCUGUAGAUCUUAACAGCAAAAAGGAGCCCAAACCCACAGCCAGCAGUAAGAUGAUGAUGAGCUGGCUGACGAGCAGCGCGCCUUCAAAGAGGAAGGAGCCGACCACAUGUAAGAGUAAAGAAGAGCCAGAAAGCAAGUCUACAGGGGCCCUUCACGAGUGGCUUCAGGGGGCCAAUAAGAAACCAAGAACCAAAUGAAGAUACGAACUGGGACUGAAAGCUCUGCAGUGUUAAAACACCGUUCAGGCAUUAUUUAUUCCACUGAAGCUAUUUUGACAGUUGUGAGAAAAACAUGCUUUUGCUUCAUUCGUAACCUUUUUAAACGUAAUAAAAAAAAAUGCUACACAGAUACUAUUUCAUUUCAAAAUGUUCACAAUAAAUGUCAGAAAUAAAGACAGCAUGCUUUAAUCAAGAUUUUUUAUUACCCUUAUUACUUGAAAUGUGAAGACAUUUCAAAACAAUGUAGAUGCUAUGCAUUUAUCAUAUUACUAAUAUAAUAAUGAUGAAUGCCAAUACUUCCCCACACCCUUUUUUAUUUUUUUUUUCUUCUUUCAAAAGUUACAGUAUGUAUGCUAUCUUGUGAUCUAUAAUGCAUUUCAAAGUUUUAACAUAAUACGAACAGACGGUUAAAGAUCUGAUCGGUUAAAAGAAAUGUCAAGCACUUAAAUUGUUUGCCAACACGAGCAAAUGGCAGAGUCUUGAUAUGCAGAUUUACAACAACUGUUUGCUUCCCCCACACAGUGAUUGAGAGGUUUGCAAAUAUACAAAGUCUUCCAAUAGUCGACGGUAAAAACUAAUUUACGAACCAAUAGUACUCGGUUAUGAAUGAUAUUUAUACUUGAGAGAAAU